AUGGCUACAUCGGUCACUCCCCUGGAUAGUGACCCAAGUGGCCUACAGCAGCUGCGACAACGAACAUGUUCCGACCUGGAUGAUUAUAUCGCUCAAUUUCGACAAUUGCUCUCGCAGAUUCGAGGUAUGGGCGACUUAGAUGGUUCGUACAGGGCCUCGUGCAGAAGACAAGAGAAGAAGUCAUUUAUUGCCGGUGCCAAACAGUUUCGGACGCUAUGGCUGUCGCUCAGCAGUAUGAGCGCUCGCACCCAAACAAUUAUCCCGAUCGCAACGAAGCCAGAGCCCACGGAAAUUGGCACAGUGCAGGUGUCACGCGAGGAGUGUCGUCGCAAACGUCUCUGCUUCUAUUGUAAACAAGCAGGGCACAUGCUCAAUCGCUGCCCAAAACGCGGCAACGCCCCUUCCAGUCACGUGUCGCCUGCUGAAGCCGCUGACAGCAUUCAUGCGACCAGAGUGAUUCACUUCAACAUGGCUCGCAUCGGCGCAAAUGACCCUGGCAAGUCGCGCCAAGGGGAGCUGCUUCGAAAGAAUGUGGUUAUCAACGGCAAGUUGGCUCGUGCCCUGAUUGACAGCGGCGCUGACACCAAUUUGAUUCGACCAGGUUACCUGACUGGACAACUGAUAGAGCGCAAGGUCAACAUUGAAGGCUUUGAUGGUGCCCGCCUAGAGAAUGUCGUAGUGAAAGAAGGGGUGGGCGAGGUUACGCUGGACCAGCAGCGAUUUCUUGACGUCAUCCUCACCGAGUUUGAUCUG